AUAGAGCGUCGCAGGCGAUGAGAUCCGCGCCGGGUGAGUUAUGAUGCAGCGGAGCGUCUGAUUCUCAGCAGCACCGGGAUACACAAAUGCGGAGAAGAGAGAGACACUCCACUGCACCGUGAGAAGAGACUCUCACUGCGGUAUUUCUGGCUGGAAACAGAAGAACUGCUGUUUUGGACGGAUUUCAUGUAAGGCCGAGCGACCGUCAGCAGAAUGAGCUCCUCUCCCGUCGUCUCACGCGUGUCCGUCGACAUCCUGGAGGAACUGCAGCUCUUCGCAGCUCAAAACCUGGAAAAGGUGGAGGUCAACAAAUACUAUGAAGUCAUACGGGAGCUGGGGAAGGGCACCUAUGGGAAGGUGGACCUCGUCAUCCAUAAGAUCAGAGGUACCAAGAUGGCUCUGAAGUUUCUAAAGAAGAAAACAACCAAGCUGAAGAGUUUCUUGAGAGAGUACAGCAUCUCCCUCUAUCUGUCUCCAUGUCCCUUCAUCAUCAACAUGUUUGGCAUUGCGUUUGAAAUGGAGGAGUACUAUGUUUUUGCGCAGGAAUAUGCGCCAUCUGGCGACCUGUUCGAUAUCAUUCCUCCGCAGGUGGGACUGCCGGAGCCGGUGGCGAAGCGCUGCGUCCAUCAGGUGGCCAUCGCUCUGGACUACCUGCACUCCAAAAAGCUGGUGCACAGAGACAUCAAGCCUGAGAACAUCUUAAUCUUUGACAAGGAGUGUCGCAAGGUCAAGCUGUCAGACUUCGGCAUGACGCGGCGCGCCGGCUCGCCGGUGAAGCGCGUGAGCGGGACCAUCCCGUACACGGCGCCCGAGCUGUGCGACACGUCCAAGCACGAGGGCUUCUUCGUGGACUACAGCACGGACGUGUGGGCCUUUGGAGUGCUGCUGUUCUGCAUGCUGACCGGGAACUUCCCCUGGGAGAAGGCCAUGCCGUCCGACACCUUCUACGAGGAGUUCGUGCGCUGGCAGAGGCGGCGGACGGGCGCAGUGCCGUCACAGUGGCGCCGAUUCACAGACGAAGCCCUGCGCAUGUUCCGAAAGCUCCUGGCCCUGGAACAGGAGCGCCGCUGCUCGGUCAAGGAGGUGUUCGCGCAUUUUGGCCACCGCUGGAUGCUGGAUGGUCAGGCGGCAGGAAGCCACCAUCAGGCCACGCUGAACUCUUCAUCUGAGGAGGAGGAGCUGCUGGUGGACCGUAUGAAGCAGCAGACCUUAUCUCCGACUGCUUCCAAGACCAACGGUAUGGAGUCGGGAGCGGCUCACCACUUCACCUCCGUGUCCACGAACAGCUCCGUGUCUUCCACCAACAGCUACGAGCGCUCGGCCAGAGACAGCCCACCUAGCAGCCGCAUCCUGGUCACGACGCCUAUAGAGAUCUGCGUGUAGAGAUACGAACGCUGGCGAAAUAAAUGCACACAAGCAGACACAUCCGUAAGAGACUCAAAACUCUCACGUACAUCUGGAACGGAGUCUAUUACAACGCAAAAAAAAUGAUGAACUUAUUCUGUUUGAUUCUCCGGUCGGCUCGACUAACAUUCCUAACAGAGAUUUGCAUCUAGAAACGGUCUGCGAAGAAACGUUGCACUGAAACUGUGAAAUACCACACAGGAUGUGUUAUCUAAAGACCCGUUCGCACCAAGAACAGUAGCUAUAAUGAAAACUAUAUUAGCAUCCACACCAACUGACGUCCUGUUUAUUAUAAUGUUUAUUAUAACACUCAAGCUCUUUAAAGUCAUAUGGAUUCUGAUUGGCUGAUGUUUUUAUUAUUUAUUUUUUGGAAAAAACUUUUUGAAAGUGAUUACAAUGACGUCGUAUCUCUGUUCUAGCUAACAGGGAACAUAACGAUAAUAGAAUGUUUGUUCAAAGUUAACAGGUCAAGGUAACGUUGUCAAAAUGUUAAAAAAUCAUUCAUGGAAGGUUUUUUCUGAUUUUUUUUAAUGCAUUUUUGUAGAUAGGACAGUUGAGAAAUGACAGGAAAGCAGUGGGAGGAGAGAGGGGAGCAGGAAAGGACCUCGAGACGGGAAUCGAACUCGGGUCACCAUGAACGCAGUUGUACUGUAUGUCAGCACUCUAACCACAAGGCUGUUGGCGCCAACUUUCUUUUAAACUUUACCGGAUUCAGAAUGUUCAAAGAACAUUCAAAAGUAACAUUUGCAGAAUAAUGAAAUUGAAAAUUUCCUUCACAUCAACGAAUAAUCAAGAAAAAAAGUUUUCUUCCUAUAAUGUUAAUAGACUGUUCAUUCAUAGUUAUUUGAGAUUUACUAAUGUUCUCAAAACCUUAGCACAAGCAUUUUAGUUGGACAUUUGUGUAACAUUCUUUUAAAUGUUACUACUGGAGAGCAUUCAAAAGUAACAUUCUCAUGUUUUCAAAAUAAUACAAUGGAAUGAUUAUGCAAGCUGAAUACAUACUAAAUUGAUGUAAAGACGUGAAUGAUGCAAAUGAUGCGAAUAAAGUUAAUUGGGCAAUGCGAACGUGCGAUAUACGCCUCAGUCGAGUCUUCCACGCAAGCUGAAUACAUACAAAAUUAACGCAAAGACUUGUUUCCCGCAAACACACCUCAAUCGCGUUUUCUGCACAAGUUAAAAACAUACAAAAUCAAUGCGAAGAAGCGAAUAGAUGCAAAUUUGCCUAAUGGCGAUGCGAAUGAGGCAAACUGGGCAACGUGUUUGCCGCAAAUGCGCAAUAUUUGUCUCAAUCGCAUCUUCCACGCUAGCUGUAUACAUACAAAAUCAGUGCAAAGACCGAGCGAUGCGAUGCAAAUUAUGUGAAAGCGUGAUAUAUGCCUCAAUCGCGUCUUCUACGCAAGUUAAAUACAUACAAAAUUAAUGCAAAUACACGAAUAAAUGCAAAUGAUACAAACUGGGCAAAAACGCAAUAUUUCCUUCAAUUGAGUCUUUUUGCUCAAGUUGAAAAUUUUUAACUCAGGCGAGAAAUUGCGUGACGUGUUGUUACACAAGCCAGUCAGUGAAGAGGUUAUUGGCAUAUCCGGUUGUAUCAGAAAUGUGGGUGAGUAGGUAAUGGUGUGUGCACACCAAAAGCGAAUUUAAAUAUUUGUGCGAGCAGAUUACAUACAAAUCAAUGUGAAGAUGCGAAAAGAGGCAGUUUCACGCUGGGCGAUGCGAGUUACGUGAUUUGGGUGACGAGUUUGCACUAUAUCGCGCACGAACGUGCGAUAUACGCCACAAUUAUGUCUCCCGCUAGUUAAUCAAUGCAAAGAUGCGAAUAGAUACAAAUUCGUGCCUGGCGACGCAAAUGACGUGAACUGGCUGAUGCGAUUGCGACAAACACGCAAUAUUCUCUUCCAUUGCAUCGUCCGUAAAAGUUGAAAAAUUUAAACUCACGCAGGAAAUUUGCAUGACGCGUUGUUGCGCAAGCCAAUCAGUAAAGAGCGAGUGAUACGAAAAACAUCCCAUGAGUGAGUAAUGGUGUGUGCACACCAAAAGCGAAUUUAAUUAUUUGUGCAAGUAGAUUACAUAGAAAUGAUUGCAAAGAGGCAAAUAGAUGCGAAUUUGUGCCAUGCGAUGGAAAUUAUGCAAAUUGGGUGACGCGAUUGCUGCGAACAUGCGAUGUUAAUCUCAGUCGCAUCUUGAGCAGGAAAUCUGAAUGAUGCAUUGCCGCACAAACCAGUCAGGUGUCUGGUUUGACAUGUCUGGAUGUAUCAGAAAAAGGAGGAGAGCAUUAUUAUGUUUUUAUUCGUAGGAGUGAUGCGAAAAACAUCCUGCAAUAAAUCUAGUGCUGGUAACAGCACAAAUUUGCAUUUAUUCACGUCUAUUCUGAAGUCUAUUCUACUUGUGUGAAUAAUUAAUUUCGCUUUUGGUGUAAACACACCAUAACACGAUGCGAAUAUUUGCUUCAUUUUGGUGUGCACACCAUCACUAAAGCCUGGCUCACACUACAGGAUUUUUUAAAUCCUAACCAAUUAUGAAAUUUGGUUAAGGAGAAUCUUUGCAGAUUAUCUUCACUGAAAUUUUAAACAUGCACACACUACAAGAUUUGAAAAUUGUGGCGCAUCACACACUACAAGACAUUAAGAUUAUCAGACCGAUCGAGGUGCUCGACAAGAUUUUUGCUCCGAUUUUCGGGAGGGGAAAAUCAGGCUAAAAAUCCUGUAGUGUGAGCCCGGCUUAAGACUGCAUGUUUUCAAAACAUUUUGAACAUUCAGAAGUAAUGUUUUUAAUGUUUUCAUAUCUUAAAGGGAACAUUAGCAAAUGAUUCUUUUUUGUUUACUAGUGGGUCAUUAUGAUGAUAGAUUUAGUGUGGACGUCUCAUAGAUUUAGAAUGAUUAUUAAAACGUUGUAGUUAUAGUUAUCAUCAUCAUCUUUGGUGUGAACGGGCCUUUACUCAUGGAUAAGCAAUGAACCAAUAAAUGAGUGGAUUGAACAUUUGAAU